AUGAUUGAAACAAUAACUGGUAUUUACAAAAUACUUGGUAAUGUAACAAAAUUGGAUUUAAGAUCUAAUCGAAUAGAGAAUUUAUGUGGUUUGGAAAGGUUAUAUUCAUUGGAGUAUGUUAAUAUUAGAGAAAAUCAAUUGAUUGAUUGGGCUGAAGUUACUCGAAUGACUGAACUGCCUGAGAUAAGACAAAUUUGCGUUGAUGCAACCGAAACACCAGUUCAAAAUGCUGAUCCAAAUUCAACACAAACCUUACCAGCCGACCCAAAUUCAACACAAACCGUACCAGCUGAUCCAGAUUCAACACAAACCGCACCAGCUCAAAACUCUGAUUCAAGUGAUGUACCCGGUACAACCGUCCAAACAAAUGUUGGGCCAAUAAUUGCAGUAUCACUUGUUGCGUUCUUUAUCAUAGUCUUAUUGCUAGCGGCUCUAUUUUUCACCAGACGAAAAAAACAACAAAUAAAUAAUUAUAAUAUUAAAGCAGAUCAAGUACGAAUUCCUGAAGACAAUGCUUAA